CCCUCCGACUCCGAGGUUUUGUAUGUUUGUUUGUUUGUCAACACAUAGAAAUUAGGGUUUUUGCAAUCUUCUUCACCCUUUCUUGACACUUAACUUUUAUCAAAUUUUCAUUCAUUCUUCUCAAAUAAUCCAUGGAGUUAAAUCUACUCCAACCUGGAGGUUCUUCAAACCCAAAAAAUCUGAGCCCCCUUAUUGAAGAAAGUGGCAAUGUAAAGAUUUCCCAAUUAAUACAGACCCUUUUAGCUGAACUUGGAGAAGAAAGCACCCAAUCAUGUAAACGUGUUCAGGAUUUCUACGAAUUAAUGCAAACUGGAGUCGACCCACCACUGGAAUCGAUCUGGGUCUACGCUGCUGUCGCAUUUCGCAAACGUUUUAGUAAAAAAGACGAGCUUUUUGAUAGAGUUGAAGCCGCUAAAGGCUUGUUUAGGUUGAUAACAGCGUGCUCUUCUUCAUGUGGUUCAUCCAAAAGCGUCGUUUUACUCGCUCCUGUGGUGUACGAGGUGUACAAACUGGUUGCUGAGUUUUUUGAGAAGGACUUGACUUCUAAAGCUGAGAAGAAAAUGUUGAAAGAGGUUAAGUCUUUGGUGGAAGCGAUUCUUGGGUAUAUUAAUGUGUGUUGUAACGGGGCUUUGGUUGAAGAAGGUGAUUUGAAUGGUUCUAAUUUGGUUAGGCCUUUUGCUGAUUUGAUUCGCAUUUGGAUGAAUUCAAACGAGGGAUUAGAGUCUUUCUUACCCCUUGUGAAGCUUGGUGAUGGAGGAAGUGAGGUUGGUUACCUGGCUGGAAUUGUUAUUGCCGAGGCGUUUUUGCUGAAGUUGUGCUUGAAUGUUAAAUUUGGGAAAUCAAAGGAGGACUUGGAGAAAGAAUUGAAGACCUGGGCUGUUGGUUCCAUAACUGGGUUUAGCAACUUUUACUUUUUUGAAACCCUUGUGAGAAUGCUGCUGGAGAAGACUUUGCCUCUUGCAAUCCUAUCGAAUUCUAAAGAUGAAGUUUUGUUAAGACAAGUUUUGUAUGAUGCUGUCAUAUUAGCAGAUUACUCUUUCCUUAACCCUGAGAAGAUAAUUCACCUACCUGCUGACCGAGUGAAAAGUCUUGCAUUGGCUAGAUUGAUUGUUACAUGUGAAGCUGUUGAGUUUUUCCGGGAGCAAGGGGAUCGAAAAAGAUCUGUUUCUUACAUAAAUGCAUUCUGUGAUUCCUCCCUAUCUUCCCAGAUUAAUAAGUGGAUAAAAACCCAGAUCCAGGUGGUUGAAAAUGACAGUAAAUUACUAGGAUCUUCGCCUAAAGCUCUUAUUAAGUGUCUUAUGAACCUUGAGGAUCAAGGCGUUGUAGUAUUUGAUGAUAGCGUCUUAAAAGGCCGUGCUGAACUACUACGAGACACUUUCAAAACAGAUUUGCAGGUACCAGCUUUGAAGAUGGAAGAGAAGAAAAGGGAUGAUGAUGAUCUAUUUUUUGUAGAUAAGGAGGGAGAAGAGUUGGAUGAAAAUGACAACGAAAAUUCAAAUGAAGCUGUCACUGCUGCAUUUGUAGCUGCUGCCCACUCAAUGAAAUCUACUGAUAAUGAGGAUAGAAAAAGGAAAAAAAAUAAAAGUGCAGAAAAGAAGAAGAAAAUAAAGUUUCUCAAGUACGAAGUAUUGCCGACUUCUGAACCACCUAUUCUGAGGGCCCCUGCUGUCAAUGAUGAUAGCGCGAGCAGUGGAAGCGAGGUUGAGAACCCACUCUCUGAUUCAGAGUAAAAUGAUGAACACAUUUUUAAAGUGGCAAAUGUUGGAAGACAAAAGUGGGACAAAGUUAACAAUUUCACCUUAUAUUUGACUGUCUCGUUCUGGUUUUUCAUGGGUUUAUGUUUAUCGUAGACUGUCUAACCAAUUUGACAUCAAGUUCGUUGAAGCAAAAUCCAUUGUGAGAUUUUGUCAAACACCUGCAAGAAAGUCGAUAAGCAGCUUUUCUUGCAUCAGUUUUGCCAAUAUUCUAGUUAUAGUUCUGUUAACUGACUUUGAUCAGUUGCGAGAAUUUGCUUCUGGACAGUGAAAAUGGCUUAACUUUGUAAACCAUUAUUUGCAUGUAUGAUGAGGUAUAAGUUAAGAAUGUGAGUACUACUAGCCCAUUUGUUAUGACUA